GGCGAUGCCGCUGGGCCCCCGGCGGCUCCUCCCCUGCCGCCGGCGGUGCCAGGCGCCUCCGCGAGCCCCCGCGGCCUCUGGCCUGGACCCACCCCCGGCGGGGUGACUCAGCUCGCUCCCGGGAAAGCCUUUCCUUAUAUAAUGCCGCUCCGGCGCCCGCCCGCCCGGCUGAGCCGCCACCGCCGCCGCCACCGCCGCCGUGCCUCAGUUUCCCCCCGCGGCGCUGCUGCGAAAUAGAAACACGGCCGUCGCGGGAGAGCAGCGGGGCGGCGGCGCCGGCGUCGCUGCCAUGUGGACGGUGUCGCCGCCGGCCGAUGAAGAGGCUCAGGAACUUGCCCGGCUUGGGGGACGCGGCAAAGGCAGGGUGCAAAACACACUAGUAGGACAUGAGCCCUAACGCUUGCUCUAGAGUGUAGCCCUAUAGGUAUCUCGCGGCGCGCGAAGAAGCUGUUUGCGAGCGAGCGGGCGGGCCGGGCGCGGGCUCUGGAGCUCGCCCGCCAGCACGCCGCCAACGCGCUCUCCACGGCGAACCUGGUCAUGGGGCUCUGCUCGGUGCUCUGCAGCCUGAACGGGCGCUACGACUACUCGUGCUGGCUGCUGCUCGUCGGCUUCCUGCUCGACCUGGCCGACGGCGCCGUGGCCCGCCGGCUCGACGCCUGCUCGGCCCUCGGCGCCAAGCUGGACGACUUCGCCGACUUCACCUCCUUCGGGCUGGCCACGGCGCUGCUGCUGCGCACCCGCGGCGUCCUCGACGGGCUGCUGGCCGUCGCCUACGUGCUCGCCGUCUUCGCUCGCCUCUGCUUCUUCUCCAGCGGCAUCCCCUUCACGUACCGCGGGCUGCCCUGCCCCUACGCCUCGGCGCUGCUGGCCGGCACCUCGCUGCUCACCGGCGGCCACCUCACGCUGCUGCGCGUCGCCGCCGCCGUCAUGAUCCUCUUCAUGGUCGACCGGGGCUUCUACCCGCACGACAAGGUGCUGGAGUCGCAGCUCUGGAAGAAGGCGGUGUACGCCGGCGGCGUGGCCGCCGUCCUCUUCUCGCCCUCCUCCGUCCUCUCCCUCUACUACCUCGCCUGGGCCGCUUCGUACAUCUUCUUCCCCUUCGCCGUGUGGAGCUGCAAGGUGUGAGCGCGGCGCGGCCGAGCCGCCGGCGAGAGGCUCCUCCCGCGCCGGCCGCCGCGUCCUCAGUAAAGCUUUCGCCUCCCUCGCU